AUGCCGAAGACAAACUGGCUGAAAGUGCUUGUCAUCCUGGCACUGCCAGCAACAGCCCUCGUCUACUUUGCUCAGCUUCACAUUUGUGACGGCCCCCGGCAGGUGGAGCCAGCCCAGACGCACGUCCUCGUCCUCUCCUCUUGGAGGUCAGGGUCUUCCUUUGUGGGCCAGAUCUUCAGCCAGCAUCCCGACGUCUUCUACAUGAUGGAGCCAGCCUGGCACGUGUGGGCCACUAUGCAGCAAAACAGCGCCAAGGCACUGCAGAUGGCCGUUCGAGAUCUUGUCCGGUCUGUCUUCAAGUGUGACAUGUCCGUCUUUGAUGCUUACAUGUCCGAGCAGAGGAACCAAACAGCCCUGUUCCAGUGGGAGGCCAGCCGGGCCCUGUGUUCUCCCCCCGCAUGCAGCUCUUUCCAGCGCAGUGACAUCAUCUCUCAAGGUGCCUGCAAGACCCUCUGUGGCAAGUACCCCUUCCUCAAGGUGGCGCAGGCCUGCAAGACCUACAGUCACGUGGUCCUGAAAGAGGUCCGGUUCUUUAGCCUCAGAGUGCUCUACUCUCUCUUGGAUGACCCUUCCUUGAACCUCAAGAUCAUUCACUUGGUCAGGGAUCCCCGGGCUGUCUUCCGCUCCCGUGAGCACACAGCAGGCGAACUGGCCCGAGACAGCAGCAUUCUGAUGGGGCACCAGCGUGGGCAGAAGGGAACGGAGCCUUAUGCCGUGAUGCGGGAGAUUUGCAAAAGCCACCUGGAGAUUUAUGCCCAAGGCAGCUGUGGCCUUCCUGGCCUCCUCCACGGACGUUACCUGUCGAUGCGCUACGAAGAUAUUGUCCGGGAUCCCCAGGCCAUGGUUGCCCAGCUGUACAGGUUCGCAGGUCUCCGCUUCACUCCCCGCCUCCAGGCCUGGGUGCACAACAUCACCCACGGGCAGGGCCUGGGCACAAAGGCCUUUGACGUUGGGGCCCGGGAUGCAGUGAAUGUCUCCCAGGCCUGGAGGAAGACCCUACCUUAUCCCAAGGUGGCAAAGCUCCAGGAGGCAUGCAAGGAUGCCAUGGGGGUUCUGGGCUACAGGAUGGCAGCAUCGGAGGCAGAACAGACAAACCUGUCACUGGACCUCUUGCAGACUCCGCUGCUGUCCCUUGCCCCGCCAGGAAACCAACAGAGCUCCGAAGGGCCGUCUCCCGCUGCAGGCCGCUGGAGCUUCCAGAACCAGGACCUGCCAUGCCAGGCUCUGCUACGGGCAAGAACCCGGUAG